AUCCUUGGCUGAUCAGAAAAGACCAUAAGAAAAACAAAGAUAAAAAGAAAAAGAAAAUCAUUGAUCCAGAUUCCAUUCAAAGUGCCUUAUUAGCAUCUGGACUUGGGUCUAAGCGUCCUGCCUUCUCAUCAACUGUUAAACCUGCUCCUGUCAGUACUCCGGCAAGCCUUCCAGCAAUUACAAGUAGUACCAAUACCAGUAACAGCUGUGUAACCAGUCAAGAUGCUGUUGAGAGGGCUCAGCAGAUGAAGAAAGAGAUCCUGGACAAGCUAGAUGAUCUGGCUGAAGUUCUUCCACCAAACACUCUGGAUGAGCUUAUUGAUGAACUAGGAGGCCCUGAUAAUGUAGCAGAGAUGACUGGAAGAAAAGGCAGAGUUGUCAGCAAUGAUGACGGAAGUAUAUCAUAUGAGUCAAGGUCGGAACUUGAUGUACCUGUUGAAAUUCUAAAUAUCACAGAGAAACAGAGGUUCAUGGAUGGUGAGAAGAAUAUUGCAAUCAUCUCAGAAGCUGCUAGUUCAGGAAUUUCUUUACAAGCUGACCGUCGUGCUAAGAACCAGAGGCGGAGGGUACAUAUGACACUGGAAUUGCCUUGGAGUGCUGACAGGGCUAUUCAGCAGUUUGGAAGAACACACAGAUCCAAUCAGGUUACAGCCCCUGAAUAUGUCUUCCUGAUUUCUGAAUUGGCUGGAGAACAAAGAUUUGCUUCAAUUGUUGCAAAAAGAUUGGAAAGCUUGGGAGCCUUAACACACGGAGACAGGAGAGCAACAGAAUCCAGGGAUUUGAGCCGUUUUAACUUUGAUAACAAGUAUGGAAGAAAUGCUUUGGAAAUUGUUAUGAAAUCAAUAGUGAGUUUGGACUCUCCUCUUGUGUCUCCGCCUGCUGAUUACCCUGGGGACUUUUUCAAAGAUGUUCGACAAGGGUUAAUUGGUGUUGGUCUUAUAAAUGUGGAAGACAGAUCUGGAAUUCUAACUCUUGAUAAAGAUUACAAUAAUAUAGGAAAAUUUCUUAACCGAAUCUUGGGAAUGGAAGUACAUCAGCAAAAUGCACUUUUCCAGUAUUUCGCUGACACACUCACUGCAGUUAUACAAAAUGCCAAGAAGAAUGGAAGAUAUGACAUGGGCAUCUUAGAUCUUGGUUCUGGAGAUGAGAAGGUUAAGAAAACUGAAGUUAAGAAGUUUUUAACACCAGGGUACUCUACCUCAGGCCAUGUUGAAUUGUACACGAUAAGUGUGGAAAGAGGAAUGUCUUGGGAUGAUGCCACAAAAAUUUGGGCUGAGCAGACAGUGCCAGAGGAUGGCUUUUAUUUGUCACUGCAGAUAAGAAAUAACAAAAAAACAGCAAUAUUGGUUAAAGAAAUUAAUCCAAAAAAGAAGCUCUUCCUGGUAUACAGACCAAACACAGGAAAACAGCUGAAACUGGAGACUUUAGCAGACUUGAAAAAGAAAUACAAGAAGGUAACUUCUGAGGAUGCUUUGCCUCACUGGAAGGAACAAUACACCUCGUCUGCUGAAAUAUGUACUCAUGCUUAUUGGAGAGGUAAUUGUAAGAAGGCAAGCCUAGGUUUAAUCUGUGAAAUUGGGUUGCGCUGCCGGACAUACUACGUUUUAUGUGGAUCUGUCCUAAGUGUAUGGACUAAGGUAGAAGGUGUUCUGGCAUCUGUAAGUGGCACAAAUGUAAAGAUGCAAAUAGUUAGACUAAGAACUGAAGAUGGACAAAGGAUUGUUGGUUUAAUCAUUCCUGCAAAUUGUGUGUUUUCACUUGUGAAUCUGCUGUCCACGUCAGACCAGUCUCAGCAGAUUGCAGUACAACAGCAGCAGAUGUGGCAGCAACUUCACCCUCAGAGUAUCAGCAACUUUAGUGCCCUGUAGAGUGAAAAGGCCCGUGGAGAUGUGGGAGAGGCUGCUGGAGCAUAACUGCAUACAAAUCAGGGACAGAUUCCAAAGAGCUCAGACAACUUGUGCAUACCUGCUUGCUCAGUUCUGUUACAAGUCAGGACUUUGAGCACUUGCAGAUGUUCUGGUGGGAAUCCACAAGUUCCUUAAAGUGGCACAUCGUUUUUUUACUUUUUUGUGCUUCCCAUCUUUUCCCUCUCCUAAUUAUUUAUUUUUAUUUUUUUAAAUAAAUAUUACACUCCGUGCUGGGUAGAUAUAUUUUUUAUUCAUGCAGCAGAGUGUUUAGAUCCUUCACCGUGUCUUCAUUUUCUUAAUUUUCAAUACAGUGCUCAGGGUUUAACUUGGUAGUCGACCAUUGUUUUUUUGGGGGGGAGUUUUCCCUAAAUGCAUGUACUUGGAAGGUAUGAUGCAUAAACAUGUGUGUGUGUGUAUAUAGGUUAUUUUCCUUCACCUGUGUAAUCUUAAGGAUGCAUGCGUUUGUUAAUGCACUGUAUUUAAAAAGAUAAAGGUAUAUUUGUGUUCCACUCACUUUUUUUAAUUUAAAGCAGUGCAUGUUUCUGGGAGCAUGAAUAGAAAGGCUUUAAAAAACUUAUUGCAAGACAAGAACAUAGACCUUCAUCACCCUUAAUACUUUAUCUGCUAUUUACGUUAAAUGUGUGUUCUCUUCUCUGCCAUGUGGAAAUUUUGAACACACUGACUCUCAAAACUGGAGCGGAAAAAUCCCAAAGUUUCACAUGUAUAGAUGCAAUUUUUCUAAUGUACUGCAGAAAAGGGCUUGUUCCCCCCCCCUGUUUUUUUUUUUUUUUCUUCUUCUUCUUCUUUACAGGAACAAAACAAAUGCAUCCCAUCUUCCCUGAGAAUUGCUUAUUGUAAUUUAAUAGACCUUAUUUCACUGGUAAGAGACAGAUCUUGAGUUGUAUGCUGUGUUAUGUAGAUCACUCAAGACUCCCUGCUGUUUGUGUUGUUUUGCCUUCUCUGUAACUUGAAUACCAUUCAAUAUGUUGUAAGACAUUGUAGAGUUUAUCUUGAGCUGUUUAAAAUUGUAAUGUACAAAUGUGAAUAGUUACUUAUCUAUAUAAUAUGGGUAAGGCUUUUUUUGCCUCCAAUAGUAGAUGUUUAUAAGGAUGUGAAAAGGACAAAGUUUCUUUUCUUGCUUGCACAGGUUGCACUAUUGAACGUUUUGAGACUGUAUAAACCUGUUUAAAUCUACUCUGCAAGGUCUGAACAUCUUGUGGAGAACAAAUAAAAGUUAUUGUAUUAACAAGGACAA